UCUGCAGAUGACGUGAUUUGCUCUAGGCACAUUAGUUGGUACAAGAAGAUCAAACAUUACUGACAAUUGCUCAUUUAGAACAAUCUGAAUAAGAUCAUUGAAUGUUAGACAUGGUGGUCCAUUUUCAGUCCCUUCACUUUGCAGUUACAAUUUUCUUGCUAUUAUUCCCCAAGACUAUGUCAGACACAUCUCCCACGUGCUCUGUGAUACAAGGGCUUCCUGGUCUCAAUGGACGAGAUGGCAGAGAUGGAAUUAACGGGUUAAAAGGAGAUCCAGGACCAUCAGGUGAGACAGGACCACCAGGAUUAAGAGGUAACACUGGACCACCAGGAAAAACUGGACCUUUAGGAAAUCCUGGGGUUGCAGGACCACCAGGUGAGACAGGAAGACCAGGAUUAAGAGGAUUUCCAGGUCAGAAUGGAGUAAAAGGAGCUGAUGUUGGACUAGCAGAACUUGCAAAUGUGCAAAAGAAGUUAUCAUUUUUUGAAGAACAGCUGAAAAUGAUGCAGUCUAGUUUGGCCCUUCAGAAAAAAGCUUUGUUAUUUGCUAGAGGAUCAAGUUCUGGUAAUAAAAUAUUUGUCACAAGUGGAAAGGUGGUGACGUAUGAUGAGUCAAUUGGGAUAUGUACUAAAGCUGGUUUUCAGCUUGCUACACCAUUAAAUCCAGAGGAAAACAAAGCUGUUUCAGAUAUUGCCCAGUAUUACAAAACCGUUGCAUUCCUGGGUUUUACUGAUGAGAGAACAGAAGGUACUUUCAGGUAUGCAAAUAGAGACCCAAUUAAAUAUUCCAACUGGAAUCCUGGAGAGCCUAAUCAACAAGGUGAAGAGGAUUGCGUGGAAAUGCAAUUGAAUGGAAAGUGGAAUGACGAAAAUUGUAAAGUAAAACGACUGAAUAUCUGUGAAAUCUCCUAGUAUUGUAACACUAUGUUUUAAUAACAUUCUGCAUUCUAAAAACAAUUUGUAUUUUAAUGCAUUGCUAAUUCUUAAAAAAAA